GUUAACAGGCGAAACUUAUAUGACCAUUCUUGCCUUGGUACCGUUUUGUUAGCAUAGGAUCAUUAUCAACAUUUUCUGAAAUCGGAUAGAAAUAAGUGAACAUUCCAAUGCUCUGUUUCAGCUGCCGAACUCAGAUUAGAAAAGAAAAAGGAGAACUCAUUUUUGCACACACACGGAUGAAUAUUUUACACACAUCUUCUCUUUCUAUUGCCUCUCUGCCAUAUCCUUUGCACGAAAAUGGCCGCCGCCGCUCUCAGCUGUCUCCCGCCCUAGAAAGCCUGCAAUCACUGCCCACUGACUGUUGGGUUCAAAAAGUUCAACCCUUUUUCACUCCUUUACACCCGUUUCGUCCCGAUUGUUAAUCGAACUCAGCUCUACCAACAGCGACAAUGGCGUCCACGCCGCCGCUCUCAAUCAACGCCCAGAAGCCUUAUCACAACAACCCGCUAACACAAAACAACUUCCAGACCAGCAGCCACCGUCAGCACCAGCAGCACCACCACCACAACCACCACCCGCAGCAGUACCGCCAGGUACCCAAUCAGAAAUUCUGGGUCCCGGGCACGCGCAGCGCCGCCGCCGCCGCUUCUUCUUCUGCUGCUACAGCUCCCGCCUUUCCUUCCCUAGCUCCCCUUAAGUCACCCGAUUCCAACCUCGCCGCCAAUUUUUCGGGUCGCAGCUCGACCCGGGUCGUCUCCAAGUUCCACCUGGGUCGACCUAAGUCAACGGCGGGCUCCCGCCACACUCCAAUCUCCGAGGAGGCUCUCCGCCAGGUGAUGAGUUCAGGAAAAGACGAAUUAACCCUCGAGAACGUUCUCCUCGCGUUUGAGUCUCGCCUCUGCAGCUCCGACGACUACAUUUACAUGCUCCGUGAGCUCGGCAACAAUGGCGAUUGGGGAAGAGCCCUCUGCUGCUUCGAGUUUGCCAUCAAGAGGGAGAAGAGAAAGCUGGAGAAGGGGAAGUUAGCCAGCUCCAUGAUCAGCACACUCGGAAGAUUGGGCAAAGUGGAGCUGGCAAAGAGCGUCUUUGAGACAGCUUUCAAUGAAGGGUAUGGCAACAAUGUGUACACUUUCUCUGCUUUGAUUAGUGCUUAUGGGAAGAGUGGCUACUGUAAUGAAGCUAUGCAGGUCUUGGAAUCGAUGAAGUACUAUGGCCUUAAGCCGAAUUUGGUCACUUACAAUGCUGUGAUUGAUGCUUGUGGCAAGGGGGGAGUUGAGUAUAGCAAACUAGUAGAGAUUUUCAACCUCAUGUUGAAGGAUGAAGUGGAGCCUGAUCGAAUUACCUACAACACUCUGCUUGCUGUAUGUAGUAGAGGAGGUUUAUGGGAUGCUGCCAGAAGUUUGUUCAGUGAAAUGGAAGGUCGAGGGAUCCAACGGGAUUUGCAUACUUAUAAUACCCUUCUGGAUGCUGCUUGUAAAGCUGGGCAAUUAGACAUAGCAUCGAAGAUUAUGUCCGAGAUGCCUGGAGAGAAGAUGUUUCCAAAUGUGGUUACUUAUAGCAUUAUGAUUGAUGGUUAUGCUAAAGCUGGUAGAUUGAAUGAUGCCCUGUUGUUGUUUAAUGAAAUGAAGGUUAAGGGGAUUGAGUUGGAUAGAGUUUUGUAUAACACAUUGCUCUCAGUUUAUGCUAACCUUGGUAAGCUUGAGGAGGCUCUGGACGUCUACAAGGAGAUGCAAGCUUUUGGAUUUGGAAGAGAUGUUGUUACUUAUAAUGCACUCAUAGCUACAUUCGGGAAGAAGUGCAAGUACCAUGAAGUGAGAAGAGUGUUUGAAGACAUGAAACUGCGACGUGUGUCUCCAAACUUGGUAACCUAUUCGACUUUGAUCGAUGUGUAUUCCAAAGGGGGGUUUUAUAAUGAAGCCAUGGAAGCGUUUAGAGAGUUGAAGCUAGCAGGAUUCGAGGCUGAUGUUGUUCUCUACAGUGCACUUAUCAAUGUGUUGUGUGUUGGUGGAUUCGUUGGAACUGCUGUUUCUUUGCUUGAUGAGAUGACAAAGGCUGGUACUAGACCUAAUGUCGUAACUUACAACUCGAUCAUCAAUGGUUUUGGUCUGUCAUUUGAUUCGGAAUCUGUGGUGGUUAAUGAUGCUGAGAAGGGCGAUGAAAUGUUGCAAGUUGGUCCUUUAAGGACAAUUAUUGCCCAGGAGGCUGCUGGCUUAGAUGAGCUGAUGGAGAAAGGUGAUAACAAGAUCAUGAAGAUAUUUGGGCAGCUUGCCGCGGAGAAGACUGGGUUAUCAAAGAAUGGCGAAAGGAAGGAACUUUUGUGCAUAUUGGGGCUCUUCCAAAAGAUGCAUGAGCUGCGAAUCAAACCAAAUGUUGUCACAUUUUCAGCCAUUCUAAAUGCUUGCAGUCGUUGUAAUUCCUUUCAAGAUGCCUCGGUGUUACUCGAGGAGCUACGCUCAUUUGAUAACCAAAUCUACGGUGUAGCUCAUGGACUCCUGAUGGGUUACAGAGGAAAUGCUUGGCUGCAGGCAUGCUCACUCUUUGACGAAAUGAAGUCUUUGGACGCUCCCACUGCAUCUGCCUUCUACAACGCGCUAACAGAUGUUCUGUGGCAUUUUGGGCAGAAACGUGGGGCCCAGCUAGUUGUGGUCGAAGGAAAACGUCGUCAGGUAUGGGAGACCGUGUGGUCAGACUCUUGCUUAGAUCUGCAUCUGAUGUCUUCUGGCGCUGCUCUAGCCAUGGUUCACACAUGGCUGCUUGAUAUCCGAUCCAUUGUGUUUGAAGGCCGAGAACUGCCCAAAUGGUUGAACAUCCUGACUGGAUGGGGCAAGCAUAGUAAAGUGGUAGGAAACAGUGCCCUUAAGAGAAAUGUGGAAGCUCUGCUUACCGGAAUGGGAGCGCCAUUCCAACAGGCGAAAUGCAACCUAGGUCGGUUCAUAUCAUCAGGAGCUCUCGUCACUGCAUGGCUGAGAGAACCCGGCACCCUAAGCGUGCUCGUUCUUCACGAUGCCAGAACACCAGACGUCGCAGACAAUGAUGUUUCGAGAUCCGGUGUUGAAAUGCAGAUGAUUGCUUUGUAGUGGUGGUAGUAGUAGCUGUUUCAUUGUUGUACCAUCAUCAUCACCCUAUUUAUUUUGGUCUCAAGUCCCGUUCCAUAAAAUUCUGCUCAAACCAUUAGUAGGUUGGAGAAGGGACUUAAGCUACAUGUAGAGGUCUUGUCCAUGUAAGACAUUCUGCUCAAUCGAUUAGAAGUUUUUCAGAGACAGAGAACUGUCUUUUGUUUGAAUCCCCUUUAGGUAGGGGGAUAUUCUGUAUGUAAUUUGGAAUAUACCGUGUUUGUAAUAUUUGCAGUCCAGUCCAUAAAGGUUCUUUCUUUUGCUUCAGCUUUACCUGUUUACCCUAUGUUGAAAGUUGAAACAAACCUGCUAAUGAAGAACACCGAAUAAGACGUGAAAAAUGAA